AUGGCGAGGGUCAACUCCCAACCUCCGUCCUCCUCCGCCGCGGCAGGCCCAUCCUACAGCACCGCCUCCAUGCUACCCACAACCCUCGCCUCCACCCCAACCCUCCCUCCACGCUUCGGUCCAUGCUCAGCCUAUGCCCAAACCUCCCAGGCUCGCAACUGGCGCUUCUCCCCCUCCCAACUCGCUCACAUUCGCUCCACGGGUAACACUGCAGCACGCAAUCGACUCGAGACUCUAUGGGCCGAAGAAAACUCUUCCUCCCCCUCCACGAUCCCUUUUCUCUCCGUCGACGACGAGUUGGCUUUGAUUACAUACUACCUCAUCAAAGUAGGCCAAAUUGUGCGAGCGUUCUCACUACCCGAACUAGUCGAAUCCACAGCAACCACCUUUGUCAAACGCUUUUACCUCCGAAACACAUGUAUGGAUUUCCACCCGAAAAACAUCGUCAUCACUUGCAUAUUCCUCGCCUCCAAGGCCGAGAACUAUCCUUUAUCCCUCAACGAGUUCGCACGCAAGCUGGCCGGGAAGAACAUCGACCCAGCAGUGGUAGAGGAGAACAAGCAAACCGUGUUGGGCCUCGAAUUUUUGGUUUCCCAGAGUUUCAACUUUGAAUACGGCCUGACGGGAGCUCAGAGAGCGCUGUAUGGCUUGAUAUUAGAUCUACAGAGUCUCCAGCAUGGAGCCGCGUUGGGCAGGGAAGAAGUGCACAAGCUGGCUGCCGAAGCACAUUCCAAUUUGCGAAACAGUAGGUUGACUGAUGCAGAGUUUAUUUAUACUCCGGCACAGAUUGCCUUGGCCUGUGUACGGGCGGUACAAGAGCCGAACGGCAGAGAAGUGGUGGGCAAGUGGCUGGAUGCGAAAGAGCUCCGUGCAAGAUCGCAUGUGCUCGAGGCAAAGAAGAGGAGGCAAGCUCUGCGAGAAGCAGAGACCGCCAGAGCAGCAAAGGCAAAGAUUGCCUUGGCGAGGAGAACCAAAGGCAAAGCAGGAGCAAAGGCCGCUGAGGACGAAAUUGCCGCUGCUGCUGCUACAGCUCAAAACGAGGUGGUGGAGUUUGAUGAUGCGCUACUAGAAGCACAACCGUUGGGUAUGGCAAGGAAAGAGUUGGACAAGGUCUUGGACGAGAUUGAGAAUUUGAUCAAAGCAAGAGAGAAUGGCGGCUUUACAGGCAAAGGAAAAGGCCCAGAGGACUUGGAAAGGAUCAAGGAGAUUGACAAAAGACAGAAACAGUGUAUGAACCCGGAGAAGGUGCCCGGGUCGAAGCUGUUCAAAAAGAGACAGGCGGCGCAGGAGGAUACGGCGGCAGGGAAGGGGAAGAGGGCGAGGAAGUGGGAAGGCGGUAAGGUUGAUUCAGAUGAUGAUGAGGUACCCGAGGCCAAGGAUUUUGCUGCCAAGCCUGAGCCAGCGGUGUAG